AUGACAACGCAGCCUGCAGACGGAGAGCAGGAGAGGUCUACAGCAACGACAUUCUGGCCAUGGUCUCACCUGAAGGAGAAGGUGGGCCUGGCUAAAGGUCUGAAGGCGCGUGGUAACGUAGAGGACUGGCUGGGUAAAGUAGAGGAGGCCAUGUUCUCUUCCCUCCGCCGCCUCAGCAAGGCCUCCAUCGCUGACUACCAGAGCAAAGAACGAGAGGAGUGGGUGGUGGCUGGACACCCCUCACAGGUGGUGUUAACUAUCAGUCAGUUGAUGUGGUGCAGAGACCUGGACGGCUGUCUGGAGGGAGACCACGACCACUUCAUGGCCCUGCAGGACUUUGAAUAUGUCAACAUUGAUAGGCUGAAUGCCCUAGCAGCCCUGGUUCGAGGCCAACUCCCCACCCUGCACCGUAACAUCAUCACAGCUCUCAUCACCGUAGACGUGCACGCCAGGGACAUUGUCACAGACCUCGUGGCCCGGAAGGUUGACUCCAGCAGUAACUUUGAGUGGCAGAGGCAGCUGCGUUACUACUGGGACUUGGACCUAGAUAACUGUGUGGCCAGGAUGGCUCUGUCCACCUACAUCUAUGGAUAUGAAUACCUGGGGGCCUGCCCUCGCCUCGUCAUCACCCCACUCACG